ACAUCAAAUUAGAUUAGAAAAAGAACACAAUUAUAUUAACCGUUCAAUAAAAUUGAAUAUUAUCAUUUCUUUAUUCUAUAAGUCAAGAUCUACAUUCCUCCAAGAUAAUGUUUGACAUGGAAAGAAAAAAGAAAAAAAAAAUUAACCUUCAAGAAUCAAAACCAUACCCAUUGUUUUCAAAUGCAUUAUUGUCCAAUGAACAAAAUAUACAUAUAUAUAGUACCAAUCGUAGAUACAUUUAUGUAGAAAGCUACCAAGCAUACCAAACAUUUGUCUAUGGAGUAGCAAAAUGGGUCCAAAGGGCUCUAAUAGCAUUUAAGGAUCCAUUUGUUGGUUGUAAAUUGUAAUUUUUCUCACACGCCAAAACUGUCCCCACACACUCAUAACAUAAGCCCCUUGUAUUACACUUUCUACCUCACAUUUCUUUCUUCUUAUUAAACCACCACAACUUCUCUUCCUUUCAUUCUCUUUCUCAAUUUCUCUUCUUCUUCUUUUUCUUAAACUUGUUAAUUUGUGUAUUAUUUUUCUUCCUCUUUAUUCAAAUGGCUCAGAAAGUGGUGUUGAAGGUCAUGACCAUGACUGAUGAUAAAACAAAGCAGAAAGCUAUGGAAGCUGCAGCUGAUAUUUUUGGGGUUGAUUCAAUAGCAGCAGAUAUAAAGGAUCAGAAGCUAACUGUAAUAGGGAUGAUGGAUACAGUGGCAGUAGUGAAAAAGUUGAAGAAAGUAGGGAAAGUUGACAUAAUAUCAGUUGGACCAGCCAAGGAAGAAAAGAAAGAAGAAAAGAAAGAGGAAAAGAAGGAAGAAAAGAAAGAGGAAAAACCAGCAGAAAAGAAAGAGGAGAAAAAAGAAGAGAAAAAGUAAUUUAAACUAUUAUCAUCAUAAAAAUCUCUUUUACUCUCUAAUGCAUUGAUAUUGAUAUAGUAAUUAGCCUAUCAAUCUUCAAAGCAAGGCAAUAUGAGAGUUUAUUUUGUUUGCCAAUGUAAUUAAAGAAAAAAAAAAUGGAGAUAGAGUAAUAUAUUUGUCACCUUUUUUGAAAAGGGGUAUUUUUAUAUGUAUGAAAACGAGAUAGAAUUUUGUAAGGUAAUAAGAAAAUGAGAAUAUUUUUUUGGUGCCAA